AUGGCAUCGACUGUCUCGACGACGGAAACAACUCUCAACCCAACUCCUGUGCGGCGAAAUCGUCCUGGAACUAAGUUUGAAGAUGCGUAUCAGUUCCCUCACAUAGCAUUAGACAAAUACGAAUCUGCGUUCGCAUUGCAGGAGUAUUUACAAUCAUUAAUACGAACCGACAAAGAAAAUAUAGACUUAUUAGUUGAAUUACCACCGGGCCAUGAGAAGGAGGCCUGGCAAUAUGAGCAUUUGAGACAAUUAUGCCUUGAACUCAAUUAUUUGGUAGUUCAACUAGAAGCUGAAUGUAAUCGUCAAUCAUGUCCCGAAAUGAAAGCCGAUGAAUGGAUGUAUCUGUGUGCUGCCCAUCAGGCCCCCACGAACUGUUGUGCGAUCGAUUACAUUGUGCAUACUUUGGAUGGUGCAACUGCAUUGCUUAAUAGCCAAAAGUAUUUUCCUAGCAGAAUAUCGAUUCCCGAAACUUCAUUAAAACAUUACCAAUCCAUAGCGAGAAGGCUUUAUAGGAUAUUUGCUCAUGCAUGGUUUCAUCACCGUGAAAUAUUCGAAGCCUUUGAGAACGAGAGCCUAUUAUAUGCUCGAUUUUUAAAACUUUCUGAUCGCUACGGAUUGGUGGCGAAAAACCUUUUAAUUAUCCCUCAGAACAAUAAUAUUGACAAUGAUGAUAAAGAUAACACUCCUUCAUCUGAUGUUCCUAGAAAAUUUAAAGCGUCAAGAAGUUUUAUUCAACGAGUAUGUUCAGGUCAAAAAGCAACGUAUCCUCUUGCAGAAGAUUCAUCAAAACGAUGGGUUGAUGAACUAUGCAAUGAAGAAUUGCUGUAA